ACAGACACUAUCUUCGAGCCUUGAAAUUGAAUUGCAAAUUCUAGGUUUAGGGUUUUCAAUUUCUUCGUCGAUCAGAGAAUGAGUUCCACCGGUGGUUCAACCAAGGGCGGAAGGGGCAAGCCCAAGGCCUCAAAAUCCGUUUCGAGGUCGCAGAAAGCUGGUCUUCAGUUCCCCGUCGGAAGAAUCGCCAGAUUUCUCAAGGCUGGAAAAUACGCCGAACGUGUCGGUGCUGGUGCUCCUGUUUACCUCUCUGCGGUGCUCGAGUAUCUCGCUGCUGAGGUGUUGGAAUUGGCUGGGAACGCUGCUAGGGACAACAAGAAGAACCGUAUUGUUCCGAGACACAUUCAACUUGCGGUGAGGAACGAUGAGGAGCUGAGCAAGCUUUUGGGAUCCGUAACUAUUGCCAAUGGGGGUGUGUUGCCGAAUAUUCAUCAGACUUUGCUUCCCAAGAAGACUGGCAAAGGGAAAGGCGAAAUUGGUUCUGCUUCUCAAGAGUUCUAGGAUAUGUUUAGACGAUAGUUGUCCUUUAUUGCAGUUGUAAUAUACAUGUUUUGUAUCUUUUCUAUAUCUUAUUUUACCCGGAUGGAUAAAAUGUUUGUUAGUGCACUGAACUUGAGGUUGGAUACCUCUGUCGUUUAUAUGAGGUGAAUGCAAAAAUUGGUGUUAAAUCAUUCUUAGUUCCAUGUGUUUGAAAAUAAUAGUCACCCGAUGAUUUU